UCUCUACAGCUUCGAGGCUUGACUCAUAUACUAUAAUAAAGAAAUUAAAACCAUAUGUCUAGCCUAUAAGUGGUGUGUUGUCUAGCCGAUUCAUUUCACCACCAUAUCAGACUCGUUAUUUCUUUUGCUCUCCUUCUCUAAUCUUACCAAAAUCGAUUCAGAGAGGAGACAUGUCUUGUAAUAAUGGCUUAGCUUUCUUCCCUGCAAAUUUCAGUCUCCAAAACCAUCACCAGGAAGAAGAAGAUCAUCCCCAGUAUCUUCUUCCUUCUUGCACUCCACCUCAAGACUUCCAUGGGUUUCUUGGUAAGAGAUCUCCAAUGCAGAACGUAGAAGGGUUUUGUAACUUAGAGAUGAACGGAGAGGAAGAUUUUUCAGACGAUGGAUCUAAGAUGGGAGAGAAAAAGAGGAGAUUGAACAUGGAGCAACUCAAGACGCUAGAGAAGAACUUCGAGCUUGGUAAUAAACUCGACUCAGAUCGAAAACUAGAGCUGGCUCGUGCCUUGGGGUUACAACCAAGACAAAUCGCGAUUUGGUUCCAAAACAGAAGAGCGCGAUCCAAAACAAAGCAGCUCGAGAGAGACUACGAUGCCCUCAAGCGUCAGUUCGAGACUCUCAAAGACGAGAAUGAUCUCCUUCAAACUCAAAAUCAAAAGCUUCAGGCUCAGGUAAUAGCAUUAAAAAGCAAAGAACCAAUAGAAUCAAUCAAUCUGAACAAAGAAGAAGGUUCAUGUAGUAACAGAAGUGAGAACAUCUCCGGUGACAUCAGACCGGGCCAUCCACCGCCUUCACCGACAGCUACAACGAUGCAGUUUUUUCACAACUCGUCACCAGAACAGAGAAUGGUGAAAGAAGAGAACAGUAUCAGCAACAUGUUCUGCGGAAUGGAUGACCAAACUGGAUUUUGGCCAUGGUUUGACCAACAACAUUACAAUUGAAUGUGGUCGACUUUAUUUUGGUUAUCUAAUUUCAAAUUUUACGUUUAUUAAAGUGGUCAGAGGAACCCAUUCAUGUUUCAAGAAUCUAUAUGCACCAAACAAGCAAAGUGUCACACACUACUUGUUUGGUAAUAAGAUGUAAAAAAUGGGGAAAUAUUCAUAUAUUCUAUAGUAAUUGAUUAAUCA